AUGCUGCCAUUGGAGCAUCUGCAAAAUCCUCCAUUGCUUCCUGUCGUUCUUCUUAUCGGAAUCCUCUCAUUGAAUCGGUCUGACAUGACAACCACAGAGCCCAUCGCCAAGAACACCUCACCAUUUCUAUCUAUUUUCCAUCGGAAAAAACGCGUUAAUGGCACGAAGUCUAGCGACGACAUUAAGGUCGCCGUGGGAAUACCCAGGGAACAGACCACAGAAACUGCAGCAGAGAAAAAGCGAAACACAAAAAAGCACGAAUCGACCACACUCCCUGCAAAGUUGGAUAGCAAGAAAAAGAAGCACAAACCGAUAAGUCAACAACCGAAGUCCUUGUCCUUCGAUGUCCUCCUUGAGGAGGAUCCAGCUGUACUGGUGGAGGCUCUGGAAACGAUAGCUGCUGAACAGCCAAUAGUCGCCCGCAGUAUUCCGAAACACACGCAAAAAUCACUAAACGGGAAGAUCGGAGCAUGCGAAAUUGCUUAUUCGAGCAAGAGGUGUACGACUCAAUGUUAA